GAACAGAAUAAAAGGAAGUGUUCUUCACUCGCAGUCUGGUCCCAGGAGGGUGGGAGUCUCUUGGGGAAAGGAGGACAGACCUGCACUUCUGGGAGAAUGGGAGAAGUUGGGCGGAUAGUGGUGUUUGUGAUGACUUUCAUCAGCUGCAACGCCCUCCUGGAUCUGUCCAGUGUCCACCAGGUCACAGGCACAUGGAUGGGAGCCACCACUGUACCGUGUACUUAUGUGCCUUCAGAAGAUUUCACACAGCAAACACUCACCUGGAGCGUGGAGGGGGACUCCAGCACUUCCACCAUCUUCCAGAGGGACGACUCUGGUGACCACAUCCUGCUCUCUAAAUUCCGAGGCCGAGUCAGCGUCCCAAAGCACAACCCAGGGGAUGCCUCACUCCUCAUUCAGAGCCUUGAAAUGCCUGACAGUGGACACUACACUUGUAAAAUCAUCUGGAGGUCUAGAGAUAACAGCUUGAUAACAAGAGAGGUGACCACUACAGUUAAAGUUGUCAAAGUGGCAGCCACCAAGCCCAUCAUCAGAGCUGCGGAGCCAGGGCUGACGCUGCCCGCCGGAGCCAGCACCAGCCUGAGCUGCGAGGCCGGCGGCUCCCCUCCCAUCAGCUACCGCUGGUUCCGGAGCGGCCCGGCGGGCACAGCCGAGCUCCUGAGCAGCGGGGCUGAGCUGGCCUGGCCCAGCCUGCGGCCCUCGGACAGCGGCACGUACUUCUGCGAGGCACACAACAGGGCUGGCGCCGGCGCCGUGCAGCGCAGCGAUGCUGUGCACCUGACGGUCACAGCUCUGCCCACAACAACAGCAGCCGUGCAGAGGAGCGUGAGAACCACGGGGGGACACCACUCAACCACCGGUCUGGCAGGCAGUAGUGACAUGCAGCACAGAGUGACAGAUCCAGUACCAACAGCACAGAUCUUCAGGAUGGAUACUGCUCCAGUGGGGCCUUUCACAGGCACAGGUUCCCCGCGGCUCGCCCCGUCCCCGCUGCUGUACGGGCUGCCGGCCGCGCUGGGCGGCGCCGCGCUGGGCGCGCUGUUGGCGGCGGCGCUGGGCUGCUGGCGGCGGCGGCGGAGGAAGGACGGACCUCUCUAUGAAGUUGCUUUCCGCAGAACUGCAGAUGUCGCCCUGCUGCACCCUGAGGUGGAAGUCCCUGUUAAGUGCCUACAGGAGGAAACAUGCUCUGGCACUGAAAAGACCACCAUGAAAGACAGGAAAAGCCCUGAGUAUGAGAACCUUGUGACUGCAAUGGAAUCUCAAUAUGAAACAGGAGGAAUUUUGUAAAGUACCAGCUUAUCCAUAUGAUUCAGCCAUUCAGGGCUGCAGGUACUGAAUAGUGAGCUCAGCAGAAGGAAAUUCUUCCUCCUGUUGUCCCUCUGUUCUGCUCUCACUGCUUGCUUUAACCCAGAGGAGCUGCAUAGCCUUUUGGUCUUUGGUACACCAGGUCCUGCCUGCAGGAGCAGAAACCCUCAGCCAACUCUACCCACUUCUAUAGAACAAAUUGUUUCUGAGCAACCUGAAGGACCCAGGGCAGGAAGAAAGGAUCUGAAGGAGCGAGAACAUGAAAUUCUUUAGCCUGUAAAUCCAGGAGUAGUUGAUGCCAUGCUGCCAGUCAGUAACACUAGCAAGGGAUACUCUCCAAUGUGUGUUCCUGUUAAGACAUCCCAGGCUGCAAGGAGCCAGGAUUGUGGUGGAAAUGGAUGUCCUCUGGAUUUUGCAGCUCAGCAAAUACUGGUUGUACAUCCUG